GGCGGUGCUGCUGUCGUGCGUGCUGUCCGCGCUGGGCUGCGGCCUGCUGGUGGCCACGCACGCCCUGUGGCCCGACCUGCGCAGCCGUGCGCGGCGCCUGCUGCUCUUCCUGUCGCUGGCCGACCUGCUCUCGGCCGCCUCCUACUUCUACGGGGCGCUGCGGGACUUCGCGGGGCCCUCGUGGGACUGCGUGCUGCAGGGCGCGCUGUCCUCCUUCGCCAACACCAGCUCCUUCUUCUGGACCGUGGCCAUCGCGCUCUACCUGUACCUGAGCAUCGUGCGCGCGGCGCGCGGGCCCCGGGCCGACAGCCUGUUCUGGGCCUUCCACGCCGUCAGCUGGGGCGUCCCGCUGGCCAUCACCGUGGCGGCUGUCGCCCUCAACAAGAUCGGCUACGACGCCUCCGACGUGUCGGUGGGCUGGUGCUGGGUCGACCUGGAGGCGGAGGACCGCCUGCUGUGGCUGCUGCUGACCGGGAAGCUGUGGGAGAUGCUGGCCUACGUCACGCUGCCCGUGCUCUACCUGCUGGUCCGGAAGCACAUCAACAGAGCGCACCAAGCGCUUUCCGAGUACCGACCCAUCUGCGAGGCGCGCCAGCCGCAGCCCUGCGCCUCCGCCGCGGUGGCCGACAAGAAGCUGGUGCUCAUCCCGCUCAUCUUCAUCUGCCUGCGCGUCUGGAGCACCGUGCGCUUCGUGCUCACCCUGUGCGGCUCCCCGCUGGUGCAAAACCCGGUGCUGGUCCUCCUGCACGGCAUCGGGAACACCUUCCAGGGAGGAGCCAACUGCAUCAUGUUCGUCCUCGGCACCCGCGCCAUCCGCAAGCGGCUCUUCGCCCUGUGUCGCUGUUGUCCCCAGCCCUCCGCCCCGAGCCCGGCCGGCCCUCCCAAGGCACCCACGUCCUCCAAGCUGGGAGACUCUCGGGGCUCCCACAGUGACGCUGUCCACCCGUGAGGAAGCAGCGCUGACUCAGCCUCUUCUACCUCCGACACCCUCAGCUCGCUUGGGGUUCAUCCGCCCGAGGCCAGCAGGAGACUCAGGGAAGCUGGGGUCACAGGGUCCCACCAGCGGCCUCUCCUCCGGGCCGGCAGCGCCCCCAGGCAACGAUGCACUGUUUACAAUUUGCGAGACCCACACCUGUGCCCCCGGUGACUGACUCUCAGGGGUCCGGGAUGGCGCAGAUUCCUGGUUGCCAGGAUGUAGAGGCCCUGGGAGGCCGGCCUCGUUGGCCAGCGGUGCUGGUCGGCAGAGGGCCAGUUCCUUCUGACCAGGCUGCGUGUUCUGUCCCCUGCGGCUGCGUGUGGUAGCCAAGUAGCGCAGCCCAACACAGGCCCAGGGCCAGCGUUCUGGGUGCCCGGAUGCCGGCUGUGGGUUACCAGCCUCAAGGUUGCAUUUCAGAACCCACAGUCCUACCUCUGCCCGUCCCAUAAAAUGCGGGUCCCUGCCUCCGGGCCAGGCGGCCUCUCAGGGACUCCCCGAGAACAGGUGUUCCAGGCGAUCCCCUCAUUUUAGCAUGACCAGAAGAGGUGGGUGGGGCGGGCAUGCAGCUUCCCUGCUUGCUGCUUGAGUUUUCUGUAGGAAGAGGAUCCGCCAGGGAGUUGCUGAAGGAUCCAAACACCGAAUCCCUGAGGUUCCGACUUGGCCUUGGGCUGGGGUGGAGGCGGGGUGGAGGCCUGCUCAGUCCUGGCUCCACCCGCCCAGCACCAAAUAAGAAAGCCUUUCUGGUGGUGCUGGGGGGAAGGCGGCAACCCGGAUCCCGAAGUGAAUGUUUACAUUUAAAAGAAAAGAGAUAGAAAACGGUUAGUCUUUAUUUUUCGGUGCUGGGGACAGGACCCAAGGCCUGGUGCUUUUGGGCUGUCCUCCGCGGCUGAGCCACACCCCCAGCCCUAGAAGAAUGUUUAAAAAGCAUCUGUCUCUCUGUUUCUGUCCUAAAGCUUCCCCCACCAACCCUCCCCUCCCAUUUCAGAAAACAGACUCUGUUACUCGGAAGCAUAAAUGUCACCUGGGCUCUCCAGGAAGUGGCAUCUUCUCCCAGGGGCAAGUCCCCUGGGCUCCAAAACCAGAGUGACUGGCGCUGGCUUCGGUUUGAAACAAAAACCCCGGUGUGCGAUCCGUUCCUGUUUUGCUCCCAGAAACAAAAUCUGUGUGGGGAGAGGUCGCCACUCACAGGACCGAGUCCCAGGUGCCUCUUCCUGCCAUCCCCAGAAGGUGAGCUUCUGAAGAUCAGGGUGGGCGGCGUCCCUGAGAGCUCUGCGGACGCCCCGGGCUGGCCCAAGGAACCGGCCCUGGCCAUGGGCAGCCGCCAUCGGGUUCCUGGUCACAGCAAAUAUCCGGGCGCAGAGCUGCUAAAGGCCUUUUAGGGUCUAGAGCAGAGCAAGAAUUUGCUUUGGGGAAAGGAGGAGAUGAUUCACUGUGAGUCAGAGUACCAGCCACAAGGAACCGGCUGCAGCAGACUGCUGCGGGGGUGGGGGUGGGGGACAGGGGCCUGAUCUUGACCCCUUGACCCCUGACCCCUGACCCUCCCCCCCCAAUCCAACAGCACAGCCCUGUGGCCAGGCCUGAAGCAGAGACUGACAGCCUGCUGUGCCCGGAGAGGCCCACAGGGGGAGUCAGGGCCCAGGAAACAGCUGCCGCCUCUGCUGGGCUCACGCUCCCAGGGCAUUUGGCUGACACCAGGGCUGGGCUGUCUGCCUGCUCCGAAUCACACCUCCGGUGUCACCUUCCUUUCUCCAACCGGACCUCACCCUCCCACUGCAUACACUGCAUCUCAGCCAGUGACCAGGCCAGUGUGGCCGGGUGGAGACUCUGGUUUGGACUCGAGGAUGAGCCGGGUGAAGCGGUGCACGCCUCUAGUCCCAGACUUGGGAGGCUGAGGCAAGAGGGUUGCCACAAGUUUAUGGCCAGCCUGUGCUACAUAGGGAGACUCUGUCUCAAAAAAAAAAAAAAAAAAAAUGGAGGACUGGGACAGAAGUCAGCCACAAAUUUUGGCCUUAAAUUUUAGUCCUGUGAAUGAUGACUCCUUUCCUGAUACAAAUUUUGUUUCUGAGCUGGGCCUGGUGGCACAUACCUGUCAUCCCAGCACUCAGGAGGCUGAAACAGGAGGAUCUUUGCAAGUUCAAGGCCAGCCUGAACUGCACAGCAAGACGGUCUCAAAAAGACAAAAAAAAAAUUGUUUUUGAAAGCAAAACAGGAGUUGAUUGCACAGUGGCGCUCUUGUUUUAAAUUUAAGCCAGUGCCAAGGGGCCGCCGCACUCCCCACUCCCCAGCCCGUGAGCUUCCUUCCCCUCUGUCAGCACCAUUAAUGUUUUAUCCGCUUGUCCCUGGGUCACCCAGGCGUGACCUCAGCCUUAACAGGCGCGAUGGCUGCAUGGGUUCCUGGCCGCGCUCUUCUGAUGCACUUUCUGGAUUUUGAUCGUGUAAUCUGGUUUCCCAGCCACUUCCAGCCUCUGUGUGCGUGCGUGCGUGCGUGCGUGUGCACGUGCGUGUGUUCAGUCUUUUUCUUUAAUAAAGGUUAUUCUGUGGGCACAGGCUGAGCACGCUGACAGAAGUCUCCCUAUGUCCACAGCAAGAAAAUUUGUUUUUACAAACUUCAGUUGUGCUGUGACAUAGUGUGAGUUUUUGCGCUCGCAGAAUUGUGAAAAGCCUGCCUGUCUGGGUGGAGGCCAAAGCCUUGUUAUUUUAACUUAAAUAAAUGAAUUAUUUUUC